AGUGAAACAGCACCCGCUCUACUAUAAAAACAGAAGAAACAGAACGGUGAAAGAUCGGGAGAGAAGAAAGGGAGUUGUUGCAGCAGCAACAGCUGCUCUCUGUCAAAUGGACGGCGGCGAAGAUGAGGAAGGGAUCUCUCAUCAUCCCCUCUCGCCCUUUCCAUUUCCUCCUCCAGCUGAAGAAAUCGAAUCCGAAUCCCAAGAAAGUUUAGGGUUUCAAGAUUCAGCAACAGCUGCAGAAGCGUUGUCCGAUACGAUUUCUGCAUCCUCUUCGAAGCCCGAUCCCCUUUCCGAUGGUCUCCGUGAUAAGAUCGUGCGGCAGGUAGAGUACUACUUUAGCGAUGAAAAUCUGCCUACGGAUAAGUUUCUGAUGAAAUUCGUGAAGAAGGACAAAGAAGGGUUUGUACCUAUGGCAGUUAUUGCUUCUUUUAGGAAAAUGAAAAAGCUUGUCCAAGACAUUUCAUUGGUUGAGGCUGCACUUAGGACCUCGUCUCAGCUUGUUGUAAGUUCUGAUGGAAAGAAAGUGAAGCGAUUGAAUGCAUUGCCAGAUAUUGAUAUCGAAGAUGCAAAGUUGCGCACUGUUUUGGUAGAGAACCUUCCAGACGACUAUUCAACAGAGAGCAUUCAACGAAUUUUUGGUGACAUUGGAAAUAUAAAGAAUAUUUGCAUUCGUAACCCUCACUCCACUGAGGAAUCAACAAAGGCCAGUAAGGCAGAGAAGGUGAUCAGCAGCAAGCUUCAUGCCCUCAUCGAGUAUGAGACAAUUGAGGCAGCUGAGAAGGCUGUGGCCACUCUAAAUAAUGAAAAGAAUUGGAGAAGUGGCAUGCAGGUUGAGCUUCUUCUAAAGCGGAUGCAAAAGUAUGGGUUUGCACCAAAAGGUCGGAAAGGGACUCUUCCUGAGAAGAGCAACCAUUCCACAGCAGCAGAUACCGCUGGAGAUGAAAAGAACAAAUCUUCUGUCCACCACGAUGAGACGCAUGAAGAAGAGCAUGAAGAGGAGCACUUACAAAGCGAGAAAGGUGGACGUCGAGGUCGAAAUCGAGGCCGAGGAAGGAAUCACAGUCACAGACAUUAUAAUAUUAAUGGGCAUGGCCAUGGAUCUGUAUCUGGGCCUGGCAGUGAAGGUCUGACCAAGCCCCCUCCAGGGCCAAGAAUGCCAGAUGGAACAAGGGGAUUCACGAUGGGCCGCGGUAAGCCUCCAACGUCCAAUCAUCAAUGAUUGGGUUGACAAUUUCUUGUUUGAUCAGUCCUCUGAACUCCAGAAUGAUUUUAUCUAUGCAUACUGAUUAAGCUCGAAUUUCUUGUUCUUUGGUUUUGUUUGAGGGUGAAUUUCAAGUUUUUCUUAUGUCAUUACUUUCACAUGUUUAAAGGGAAGAAAUUAGCAUUGCCUUGCUACAACAAUGCCUUGAUUUUUUAUCCACAUGGCGCAUCCAUUUGACUUUUUAGUGUAAAAUUUAAAAAAAAAAAAAGAAAAAAAAAAUAGCAAUAUGUAAUUAUUACAGUAAUUAGUUGUGGUUUGAUUAGGCGUUGCUUGCCAUUAGUGUUGCAGAAAUUUUUCCUUAUUUGUAACUUAUCCAGUUCAAUAUAUGUUAAAGAUUUGAUUGAGCUGUGACUA